AUGGGGCCAUCGUCGGAAGGCCGCCUGGCUGCGGCCCUCGAGCUCGCGGCGACGUUCCUGCUCGAGGUGCUCGGCGGCGCGGGCGCGGUCUGGGGCAGCUCGGAGUUCCUGGGCGUGCGCCGCGGCAACAACGCGACGGCCUGGCGCCUCGUGUCGGUCUGCGUCGGCGGCUGGUGCCUCCUGCGCUGGAUCGGCGUCCACGCCCUGGGCCGCGAGCGCAACGCGAGCGACGAGGUGCUCGCCUGCUUCCUGCUGCAGGUCCUCGGCGGCGCCGGCGCCGCGUGGGGCUGCCUCGAGAUCCUCGGCUACCGGACGCACUAUCCGACCGCGUGCGGGCGCGAGGGCGUCGGCGGCGCGUGGGCGCCGGGCUACGCCCGGUGCCGGAACACCUACCCGCAGUGCCGCCUCAUCACGCUGGCCUUCCUCCUGGCCUUCCUCGCCCGCUGGCAAUGGCCCGGCGUCCUCCGGUCGCUCGCGGCGCCGCGCGGCGCCGCCGCGGCCGGAGACGCCGCGGCCGCGCCGCGGCGCCGCGCGAGCUCCGGCGCGCGCCGCCGCGCCGCCGCCGCCGCCGCCGAGCGCGCUGCGACGUUCGUCCUCGACGUCGGCGGCGGCGCCGGCGCGCUCUGGGGCGCCGCGGAGGUCUGCUACCUGCGGCGAGGCUGGGGCGACGCGCGCUACGGCCAGCCGUCCUUCGACUUCUGGCGCUACUGGUGCGCCGCGACCUUCGUCCUUUGUUUCGGCCGCUGGGCGACGAGCGAGCUCGCGCCGCCGCCCAAGGACGCGCGCUCCUCGUCGACGGAGCUCACGGCCGGCGGCGCCUGCUAA